AAGAGGAGAGUGGCGGCGGAUGUCAAACAAGUGACGUUUGUAGUGAAAUUGCUAUAAUUGUUAUAGGUGGAUGAUGGUGGUAAGCUCAAAAUACAGGUGUCUCUGUAAGUAUUUCCACAACUGUGCAGGGUGGUGAUAGUUACAAACGAUACUUUGUAGGAUUUUGUCAUGAUGUUGUCCUGUUAUGUGACCAUGAAUAGCUAGAGGAUAAAGUUAAUUUGGAUCAUUAAAAAUGAAAUCAAUGGGUCAUUGUAGAAAGCAUAAGGAAAAUGAGGAAGGAAGUAAGUAUAGAUAGUUCACACCUAAAUCACACAGUAUCUUCAAUAUUUGUUAUUCUCUUGUUUAUUUUCUUGUCUUGUUUUUCUUGUUUUUUUCCAGACAUCACCCCUCACAUCCCCUUACUCACAGAAAGGGUGGGGUUGAGAUGGAGAGACCUGGCCGGCCGGCUGGGCUUCUCUACAGACGACAUAGAUGGGAUUGUCUCUGGGGUCCGUUACCAUGACGACCAGUCCUACUGCACGGCCAUGUUGGAACAGUGGCAGCAGCGGGGGGAAGGCGAGGGGAUCCUGAAACUGCAGCUCAUGGAGGCAGCCCUGUCUGACAUGGGUCUGGAAGACAUAGUUCAUGUAAUUCAUGAACGACUAGAUCGUCUUGUUGCGGGGCUAGAAGCAUUGGUGAAGACGCAGGAAUUCAUAACAGACAACAUGGAUAAAGACACUAUAGUCAGGUUCACGGAAAUGAGAGGGCGCUCAGUCAAACAGGCAUCGUCUUCAGAACUACUGAUGCAUGAGUUGGUGGAUUGCAUCAAAACACCAGAAGACUAUGACUACCUAUUGCAGUUACUGGAAGAAAGUGGGCAACACUACCUUUUGAAGGAAAUUAAAACCUUUGAACCGAAGACAAGUCAUAAGGAGCCUAAAGUAGUACCACUCAAGAGACGUCCACAUCACAGAGCAACGGUUGAUGCUGAUGAAUCCACAGCUAAAGAAACCAGCACAGUUAUUAUCGCCACACCUUCAACCACAAUGGCACAGAGUGUGUCAUCUAACAGCGCACAGAUUGUGAGUUCGAAGCAAAAAGUCAAGUUAAUGUUCGUUGGACAAACUGGGUCUGGCAAGACAAGUCUCUGCCUGACAAUGAUUGGUGGAAAGGCCCACACAGAAGACGAGUCAGACAGAACAAUAGGGGUGGACAUCAGGUCGUACAUCGAUCAAACACAUGGUGUAGAGUACAAAAUCUAUGACUUUGGUGGCCAUGACGUGUACCACUACACACACCGUUUCUUCCUGACACACCUGGGGCUGUACCUGCUAUGUAUUGACCUGCCGGGCUACACGUCAGGGGAGUUCCAGGAGCGGGUAGGCAAGUGGAUGACAUCCAUCUCUUCCCACGUGACUAAACCAUCCCUGAUUGUUGUGGGGACGAAAAGUGAUGAAGGUGACGUCAUGGAGAAGAUUGCACUGUUGGAGAAGGACAUCAAGUCCGCCGAGACAGCAGUCAGACAGGCACUGGAGAAGGAGAUCAGCAGAUGCCAAGAAACUCUGGACAGCCGAGAGCAAGGUCUAGGUCUUCGGGGGAAAGAUGAUCACUUUGUCGGCUUGUCACGUGAAGAAGUACUGGACAAGCAAACGUCGCUUCAGAAGCUGUUGGAGGGCCGCCCUGGAAACCUAAUUGACGUCCACAUCUUGCCAGUGAGCAGUAAGAGGAAUGAAGGAAUAGAUGUACUCCGGGCCAAGAUGGCGGAGAUUGUGCAAGAGCGCAUUGGUGUGUCCAACAGUCGGCAGCUGCCACAGUCUUGGUCUGACUUUGAUAACCUUAUCAAACAGGUGACAUCCGAAUCUUACCUGGACCUCACAGAGUGCAAACAACGAGGAAAUGAUGUUGGGAUGGACAACACUGAUGUGCUGAAUGCUCUGGAGUAUCUUCAUGUAACGGGGGAGAUUCUCUUCUACAGGCACAUCCAGGGUAUGGAGGACAAGGUGUUCCAGGACCCCAGCAUCAUUCUGAAGCUUUUUAAGCAGCUAUUUCGACACGACAUGGCUCAGCAUCUACAGAAGGAAGAAAAUCUAAUGCCCACGGACAGGCAGCAGUUUCUGGAAGAAGGUGUUGUCAGUGAAGAGUUCGUUGACGCUGUUCUACCAGAGGAGGCAGAAUCCUUCCAGCUUCUCCUGCCACUGAUGAAACAUUUCGGGCUCUGCUUCAACAGAACUGUCACCAUGAUGGCUAAUCUUCCCAUUGCCAAUGAAGACGAAAUAGCUGCACAUUGGUCUGACACUGUUCAAGAAGGUACAAAGGAGGUCAAGUUAAUAAUGAAGUCACUCGAUGUCAACAGCGGACACCCGGUUGGGUUAGGAGAGUCUCUUGCCUGUCGCAUGGUACUGAUGAGUGAGGAAGGGCGGCGCCUUGUGAAAAGGAAUGCUGUUAUAAACAGAAUGGGAAUGAUGGAUGUGAUGUACCGCCGUUUAAAUAACGAGAAAGAGAAGCGAACACAACAAGUGCGAACCUCCGACAAGGUAGUGGACGAGAUCUACCUUCGGGCUGACAACAAGGAAGCCUGGCGUGGGAUGAAGGAGUUGGUGAAGAAGAUCAAGCCUUGUUUAGAAGAAUAUCAAGCAAGACUUAGCGAAGACAGCGUAACUGUAACGGGAGAGAAGAAGUUAGAAUCUAUCCCUCUGGAGGCCCUACACAAGCACACUGGGGAAGACUUGGACAAGAUUUUCCUUGGAGAGUGGGCAGAGUCUGCUGGCAGCCAGGUGUAUCCGGUUCUGACAAAAUGAACAA